AUGUCAAAGUUUCACACAUCGUCUUACACUCUUAAAGAUUCAAUAAAAAACAAUAAUAUCUCAAAUAAGCCAUCUAAUAAUGAGAAAAAACUUCCUAGACUAAAGAUUAAUCCCCCUUCUGCCCAACAAGUGAUUAAUUUCAUAAAUCAAUCUAGUACAGUUCCAGACAAAGAAAAACAGCCAGAGUGGUUGAAACAAAAACUAGCAAUCAAAAAAAAAAUAAGUGGAGAAAGAUGGGAACCAAAAAAGAAGGUAUCAAGGGACGAUAUGUAUAAUAUAAAAUUUUUGAAACAAAGAUACCCUGAUCUCAAUGCCACCCAAAUAAGUCAAAUAUAUAAAGUUUCACCAGAUGCAAUUAGAAGAAUUUUGAAAUCCAAUUGGAGCCCUAACGAGAAAGAACUUUCGAACUUGCAAGAACGUUGGACACGAAGAGGUGAGAGAAUUAAGGAACUUACUUCCCUCAGUAAAAAAGUUGUGCCAGAUACAAAUGAGAUAAUACCGAAAAAUAUUAUUAGAUUAGGCCAAGAAGUUAAUGGUAUUAGAAAUUAUAGAACUUUUGAACGGAAAAGCAAAUAUAUUGAGGAUAAAAAAGAUACUAAACAUAAGAAAAACUCUAAAUUGUAUUUAUUGAAACGACUUCACCAUUCUAAGUGA